ACGGCUAAAUCGCGUCCCCAAAAACCUCUUCCUUCGAAAGCGAACACAACAAGCAGGGGGAGGUAGAGACAGAUCCACACCUCGCCUCGCCCCCACCUCCUCGCCGAUCGGGGGUCCAGAUCGCUUCGCUGCGGAGGUGGCCGAGGGGAGGAGCAGCCUCCCGGAUCCGCCUCGCCGUCAGCUGAUCGGGGCGUGAUCCGCGGGGGAGGAGCAGCAAUGACGGCCGAGGGGACGGCGUGCAACGGCGCCGGCGAGGCGCCGAAGGCGGAAUUCUCGCUGGAGAAGGCGGUGGCUGCGCCGCCGGAGGAGAAGGCGGCCGGGGAGCGCGAGGGCGAGGACGUCGGCGGGCCGUUCGUGAUCGUGAACGGCAGCGACUCCGACGGACACUCCGAACGCGGCUCAGAUCUGCGCAAGGGGCCCGACUAUGACUCGCCCUCCGACGUCGAGGACGUGCCCGCCUCCAAUGCGGCUCCGGACGCCGCCGCGGGUGGAGAUCACGGGGCCGCCGGCGGGGAAGUGAGUGCUCCGGGUGCGGCGCUCGGUGCUUCGUCGGCGGACGGGGGUGAUCGUGCAGCUGACGGCUCUGAGGGUGGCGCGGAUGAGGGCAAAAGUGAGCCAAGUUCCGAUUUUGUUGCUGAAGUGCCGCAGCUCGAGGCUGCCGGUGAAGAGCACGGUGGGGUAGCAGCUCCGGAGCCCAUUGGGAGCGACCCUGCCAUCGCUGGUGCUGAUUCUGAGGCACCUGCUGUGGAUUCCGAGGUUGAAGGCAAGGAGGAUACUGUAGAUGAAAUUGCUGCUACUGAUGUUGCUGAAUCAGUGGUGCACAAGGCAGCUAGCGAAGAUCAGGAUGGAGAGGAUGCUGCUGCGGAGUCCUGUGGGCAUGAUGAUGCCGUAACAUCUGCCAAAUCCAGUUCUGCUGUUAUGGAGUCUGAGGUUAAUGGAGAAGAUAGCAAAGAAGAACAGAGUGCCACUGAUGCCCCGGAGCCAGUGGAGCAGGGUACCGGUGGAGGAAGUACUUUGGUGGAAAAUGGGCAUCUUUGUGCUGACGUGAGUGCUGGUUCGUUGGAAGCUGCAACUGAGCCUGAGAGUCAAGAGGAUGUUGCUGUGGAGUCCCUCGGGCAUGAAGAGGCCCCAAUGUCUGCCAAGUCUGGUUCCGCUGUCAUUGAGUUGGAGGCUACUGGGGAGGAUAGCAAAGAAGAACAGAGCGCUGCUGAUGUUGCGGAGCCGGUAGAGGAGGGUACAGAUGGUGCAAGUUCUUUGAUGGCUAAUGGUCAUGUCUGUGCUGACACAAGGGUUGAUUCAUUUGAAGCUUCAGCUGAGCCGGAGAAUCAUGCUAAUGAGAGCAAACUGGAACAAAAUGCCACUGAAAUCGCAGCAUCAGUGGAGGAGGAUACCUGUGAGGAUGGCAUAGAUGCAUCACAAACCAAUGGUCAUAUUUGUGCUGCCAUGGGUGGCGAUUCUUGUAUAGUUGCUUCUGAGUCCGAGGUUCAUGCCAUUGAGACUGAAGGGCAAGAAACUGAUCAGCAAGAGGAGGGAGCUCCAACAACUGAGGCUCAAGUAUUACAAGGACUGCUGGAAGCAACUGACAGAAACUGUGCAGGUAGUGUUGAGGAACUCACAGGAGAGGAAGUCGACGCAGGUGGUCAUAGCAAUGCAGAAGGCAGUGCUGAUGCUUCUGGGGAGAAAGAACCCAUGGACAAGCAAGCAGAAGGUGAAGCCACAUGUGGUAGUCUUCUUCAGUUAGAGGAGAAAUUGGGGAAGGAUGGUGUAGAUGAUUCAUGUGAUGAAUGCAUGCCUGGUGUUGUUUCCUCCAAUGAGGAAGUAGAGCUUCCUGUGGAGAAAGGAACAAACGAAGCUGUUCCUGCUGUCUGUGAGCCGGAGGAAGUAACUGAGAAUACAAGCCAAGAGACCAUGGGGGGUGAUGGAUUGGUCAAGGAUGGAGAUUCUAUUUGCACACUUCAUUCUUUGGAACCAGAAUCAGAUCCUUCAAGCCUGGAACACAAAGUCCAGGCGGAAGUUGCUACAGUUGAUGACACCGCAGCAGAGUCAGAUUUUAAAGUUGACAAUGUGGUGGAAGCAAAAACAGCAGCUUGCGAAGUUGAGGAAAUGGAGGUAAAAGAUGAGGCAGAUUUAGGUCCUUCCUUGUCUCAGCAGAAUUGUGAAUCUUCAACGGAAACGGUAGAGUAUGAGAAGAUUGAAACACCAGGUGUUGAAAUUGAGAAUGAUGUAGCAGAAGUAGAAUCAAAGGAAGAGGUUGAGAGGAAGGUUGUUGAUGCUGUCUCAUUGCAAGAAGCUGCAGCUUCUGAAGCCUCCACUUUCCACAAUGAGCCAAGGUCCAUAGAUUUGGUUGACAGUGAUAGCGUCAAUCAUUCUAGCCCUGCUACUGAGUUGGAAUCUUGUGACCAUGUACACAUUGAAGAGAGCAGAUCCCAAGAAAUUUCAAAGACCACAGUUGAGCAAGUUGUAUGUGGUGCUCCUUUGGAGCAUGGAUCUAUGGUGGCCAAUGAAGCUGAAACCAGUCCUGAAACAGAAAAUGGAUCUCAAGAAAAACAUAGUGACGCUGCUGUUGAUCAAGGUGAACCUGUCGACUUGACUGUAGAUGAAUUUCCUGUGGUUGAUACAGCAGUAGGUAUUUCUAAAGAGGAUGAAUCGAGUGAGAUUGUUGGAGGUAGCAACCCACAGGAAAGCCAGCCAGAAAUUUGCAAUGCAUCUGGUGCGUCUGAUGAGUGUUCCACCAGAACUGAAAAUGAAGUUCCGUCGCCAAUUAACAAGGUUGAUGAGACAUGCAACGGUACCUGUCCUGAAAACGCAGACGUGCCUACUAAAUCUCGUGACGAGGUUGAAACCAAUUGCUUGGAAGCAUUAGAGCCUUCAUCUAUUGGCACGGUUGUCCCAGCAGAACACAAGGACGAUCAUGAACAUGCUGCUGGCAAUCAUGCAGAGGUCAUCGGGCCACAGAAGGUCUAUAUGAUAAAAAUUCCAAGAUUUGCGGGUGAAGACCUCUGGGCUAAGACACAGGCUGCACAGGCUCACUUAGAUCAACUGACCCAGGAAAGAGAUGCGAUCAAUCGUCGCAAGCAAAAGCAAAAGGCUGUAUGUGAUCAAUACAGGGAACAGCUGGAGGCAGCACGACGAAAAGAGAGGGAAGCUAGGGCUGCACAUGGAGAUAAGAAGAAUGAUUUAAAUAGUCUACGGUCAGUAAUAGGGAAAAUGAACCAAGCAAAUUCAAUUGAAGAAAUUGAUGAGCUGAUUGUGACGAAAGAGAGGACUAUGCAACAUGAGACCAUUUCUUUGAGAGCUGAAAAGGCUUUAAUUAAAGAGAUUAAUGACCUAAAAGCCCAACGAAAGCAGUUGUCCUCCAAUAUUGGCUCAAAGGCUGAAAUCAAUGAGGCAUUCGACCAAAAAGAUCAUAUUCAUGAGCGGCAUAAGGCGUUAAAGAAGGAUUCUGAUGUUUUAUUCACCAACCUGAAAUCCCUAGAGGAGAACACAAGAAAGAUUCUUAAAUCCUUUGAAGAUGAAAGAACAGCUCUCAGAAAAUUAAAUGAGGAAUACCGAGCUGCAAAUGAAUUACGUCAAAAGGCCUACAGUGAGUGGUCCGAGCUUAAAGCAGAGCCCUGGAAGAAGAACCAGUACUUCUUCACGUACAGGGAUAACCGGAAGACUGCAGAGGAUUUCAAAAUUUCUGGUGAUAUGAAUAAACUAAAGUCAUACUGUAAGGAUCAGAUCGAGAGAUUUAUGGUAAUGUGGAAUGAAAAUGAGGACUUCCGUAAGCAGUAUGUUGAAGCAAACAAGUUUAGUACACUGAGGAGAUUAGGGACCCUUGAUGGACGAAAGCUUGGCCCUGAUGAAGAUCCUCCGGUCAUUCCAAGCAGAAGACCAAUGAAUGCAUCUCCAUUGACUGCCUCAAGCCCGGACGUGCCCACUUUAACUUCAGUACCAGCACCUGUAUCGGCUGCUCCAGCUUCCAUCCCUGCCAAAGAGGAGUCCUUUCCGGUUUUGCCAUCCCCCCAGAUCAGUAAGCGUGCCAAAUCAAAAGCAUCUGGUAGCUCUGCCCAGAAUGAGAACAAUGCUGUUUCAGCAUCAGAGGCAGAAGAUAUUAAACAAACUGAAAAGGAGAAGGCUCGUCUUGUGGAGGAACAAUUGGAGUUGGCUAGGAAGGCAGAGGAGUUGGCCCGUGAGGAGGAGGAACAAAGAAAAGAGAGGGCUGCAGCUGAAAAGGAGCGGCUCCGGUUGGAGCAGAAGGCCAAGGCUAAGGAGGCUGAGGAGCGGAAGAGGCGUAAAGCAGAGAAGGAGAAGGAAAGAGCUGAAUUCAAAGCACGGAAGGAAGCUGAGGAGAGGGAGAAGAAAAAAGCAAAGAAAGAUAAGAAGAAAGGCCCAACACCAGCAGACUCGAGCGCUAUUGGCGACAGCAAUGCUGCAGCAUUGGCUACAGCGGAUACUGACAGCAACGCUUCAGACAACUCAAGGGAAGUCGAGGUUCCUCAAUCGACUGCCCCCAAGAGGCUAUCUAGACCGGCAGCUGCCAUCAAGCAGCUGAACAGGGUGCAGCCCAUGCCAGCGCCCCUGCGUAACAGGGGCAGGAGGAAAAUGCGGCAGUACAUCCUGAUCGCCGCGGCGGUCCUGUCGGUGCUCGCGCUGUUCAUGGCCGGCAACUACAUUCCCAGGUUGAAGUCGCUUCACCAUUAAAGUUCAUCGGCACUCCCUAUGGAUGGCCGAGUCCGUAGGGACGAGGAGGUGGUUUCUUGAUGAUAGUAAAGGGACACGGCGAUUCUGCCGUGGCGAAUGAGGCCUACCUAGAUAUGAUGAUGCUUCUUCGAUUUCCGACUGCUCCGGUUGAUUUGUAUUUAUUUUGCCUUAUAUUAUAUAGGUUGUGAAAGUUGGGGGUGCAUUGUGUUAAAAGUUAUCGGAUGGUGGCGAAAUAUUCGUUAGAACAUGGUAAUAAUAACUAUAGAUUCUUUUUUGUACAA